AAAGAUAUUUCAAUUUUUUUUUUAAUUUGAACUUAUUUUUUCUGGUCAAUCUUAGUUUUUUUGUGUUAAAGGAAAAGUGCUUAUUAGAGGAAAAAAAGCUGAGACUAUGAUUUGUAUUUUUUUAUAUAUAUAUUUUAUAUUAAAAAAGUUGCGAACCACGGCUGACACUAACGAAAAAUCCCACCGUGUAAAUUGUCAUUGAACGGUUCCAAAGUCAUUAGUUCAAAUUUCAGAACUUCUCUUCAAAAGCACGAGGCAACAUUUCUGCUAACUUGUCCGGCUAAACUGUUGCUAGCAAUAGCAUAACCAAAACGUCGCGUGCCAGUCCGUUUGUGACAAUAAAACCAACAUGAGCGAUUCGUCUUCGGCGUCCGAGCUUCCGGGGAGCAACGACGACGUGUUGGAACUGAACAAGAACUUGGAGCGAAUGGUUGAAGACACGGAGAACAUGUCGGCGCAGCUGACCUGGAUGGCUUACGACAUGGUGGCUCUGCGGACCAACCCGGAGGAGGGAGCUUCCAUGCGGCAGCUGGAGGAGGCAUAUCAGAGAUGCAGAGCUGCAGUUUUUGGGGAUUCGGCCCCGGAGCCCGAGGGGGAGACAGACUCUGCCUCCGCGAAACCUACAGAAAUGUGAUGUGAUGUUCAGGAAUUGCUCGGACUUUGCUGCAUCGUUACAGUCUUGUGUUUUGUUCAAGUUUUAGAAUAAACUAAUUGCAAAUAAAAAGUGUUUCUGGGA